GUUUGUGGCGAAACGUUCAAGAUGCAGUUGCUUUACCCUUGCCUCAUAGUUCUCCUGCUCCACUCUGGUCAGAGCCAGGCCAAGCGGGUGGUGGGAGAGGGUCCUAUAGCCCCUUCUACCCGCAUUAAGGGCGGAGAGCAGGCAGAGAUUGGCUUUGCGCCCUACCAAGUGUCCCUCCAGCCCGUUGUUGGUGCCCACAACUGCGGUGGAGCCAUACUCAACGAGCAGUGGAUCAUCACCGCGGGCCAUUGUGUGGAGAACUUCGUUCCAGCGCUGGUAAAUGUCAUAACUGGCACGAAUCGCUGGGAGGAGCCUGGAGCGGUCUAUUACACCUCGGAGAUUCACAUGCACUGCAUGUACGAUCAGCCCUACAUGCACAACGACAUUGCGCUGGUGAAACUCACACAGAACAUCACCUUUGAUGAGUACACCCAACCCAUUGAGCUGCCCACGCGGCCUGUCCGAGAGGGAGAUGAGAUUGUCCUCACCGGUUGGGGCGCGGAGGAGGCUUACGGCAGCUCCGCGGAGUAUCUGCAAAAGCUAACCCUUGGCUUUGUGCCGCUCGAGGAGUGCCUGCGGAUCUUCAAUCAGACGAGCAGCAUGGGCGUGGGUCACCUUUGCACGUACUCCCGUGAGGGCGAAGGCGCCUGUCACGGCGACUCGGGCGGACCACUGGUCAGCGAUGGCCAGCUGGUGGGACUCGUCAACUGGGGUCGUCCCUGCGGUGUCGGCUUGCCUGAUGUUCAGGCUAAUGUUUACUACUAUCUCGACUGGAUACGCCGCAGGUUGAGUGGCAACGACAAGUGUCCUGCCUAGAGGAGAUUCUCCGCAAUAAACUUCAAACUUUU